GAAGAGGUAGAAGCGGGAAAAGGGAAAAUAUGACAUUGAGUUAAAAUCUAUCUACUCUACCUUUUUGCAUGUAUCAACAUGUUUACAUGUAUGUAAUUUUACGUAAAUGAAUCAAUCAAUGAUGUUCAUUGUAUAUAAAACAAAACAUUCAAUGUAUUGUGAUUGCCAUUCGUCUCACUAGAUUAAUGUUUUAUUGUUACUGUUCUUAACUUAGUACAUUUAAAUACUAAACGGUGCUAAAAACCGGUGAUUUAAGCAGUGUUCCGAUAUUAAUCGGGCUUAAAAUAUAAUACACACAUACCUAACUAUUAUCCCUAGUUUGUUAUAAUUGUACACUUGUAUCGUAAGUAUAUAAUUCAAUUUAAUUUUUAAUAGUCCUAUAUUCAUAGAUGAAAUUUUUAUGUUUAUCGAGUUUCCUCAGACUUUUUUCCGGUUUUUCAUAAUAUGAGAAUAGUAGAAUUGUGGCAUUUCUGGAAAGUAUACUAGUCAGCUUUCUCUAUAUUUAGUCUCAAGCUGAAAUUUCCUGAUAUAUUCAUUCCUGACAAUAUCAAUUCCAGCCAUUUUUUACACUAGGAGCACAUUUUACUGCUUUAUCCUUCAUUUAGUAGUGUAGUAUACUGUGGUAUAAUACUUGGAUAUGAAAAAAUUCUAUAUUAUAUUAAAGCUUUGAGACUUCUACAGAUCUUAUCUAAAAAACCCUAAUCAAAAGAUAUCCAUCAAAAUGGCUUUGUUACAUAGUUUACAAAUUUGUGGCAUUAGAAACUUCAGCCCAGAUAGCCACCAAACCCUGUAUUUUAACACCCCUGUGGUCCUUUUUCAAGGACCCAAUGGUUCAGGAAAAACCACAAUUUUGGAAUCCAUCCGGUAUGCACUAACUGGAGAAUUGCCAGGUGGUACCACUAGUGGAAAGGGUUUUGUUAACGAACCAAAAAUGUCAAAUAAAAAUUCAACAAAAGGAAAUAUCAAGAUCAAGUUUUCAGAUGCAGAAGGAAACAUCAUAACGGUUAAUAAAGUUGUGCAGGUCCAAAUGAAUAAUAAAGGUGAGCUCACUUUUAAAAAGCUUACUCCUACUAUUCGCAAGAGACUAAAAGAUGAUCUAUCGAAUGUCCAGGAUGUAAGUGGGCGUUGUGCUGAUGUUGACAGUUUCUGUUGCACUUCCAUCAAUGUCUCCAAGUCAAUAUUUAAUAAUGUCCUCUUCUGCCACCAAGAAAACUCAUUGUGGCCUUUGGAUGAACCUAAAAAGCUUAAAGAAAAGUUUGACGAAAUUUUUGAUGCUGUCAGGUACAAUAAAUGCAUUGAUCACAUUCGAAAGCAAAUAAAAGAUCAACAAGGAACUAUAAGAAUGUGUGACAAGGAACUAGAAGUAAGGAAAGAAAAGAAAGAAGAGGUGGACAAGAAACGUGCCAAACUCGAGGAUAAAAGGGAUAAAUUAAAGCAAAUUCAAAAUAGCAUAGAAGAGAAGAUUAAUGAAAUGAAACCUUUAGAUGAAAGAAUGAAAAAAAUUUUGGAACUGGAGGAAUCGCUGGGUGCACUCCAAAGAAAAUAUACUGGGAAGGAAGAAGAAAAGAAAGGUCUGGUGAACCAGCAGAAGUUGCUGUGCAAAGACAUAUCGUAUGUAUUUGAAGGAACUGAUGAAGAACUGCAGUCAAAAAUAACGUCUUUUAAAGAUGAACAAUCAAUUGAGGAAAGUGCUAUCAAGAAAUUGGAAAUGAGCAUUAGAAGUCUCAAUAAGGAAAUAGAUUCUGCAAAUCGAAACAUACAAAAUAAACAAGUUCAAAUUGGUCAGAUGAAAGAGCAGCAAAACCAAUACAAUGAAAAGAAAGAAAAGAGUAACAACCUUAUAGAUAAUUUACGGACAGAACUUGAGGUGGAAGAUUUUGGAGACCAAGAAAUAUUACUAGGAGAGCUUAGUAAUGCCUUAAAAACAGUGGAAAGUCGAUUCAAUGAGCUAAAAAAGGAAAAAGAUGCUGAAGAAAAUGAGCUACAAUCACAAAUAGACACCCUAAGGGAGAAAAAUGCCAAAACUGAACAAAUGAUUGCUUCGAAAACUGGUUCUAUCAAAGAAAAUGAGGCCAAAUUAAAGGAAAUUCAGUGCAAGUUGGAAGAACUGGAUUCUUCUGAUUCACAGUUGAGAAAUAUAACUGGGAAAAUCGAGUCUCUUCAAUCAGAUCUCUCUAAAAUAAAAACUUCUUUUGAUGAGAACAAAAAGUUGCGGGAAAUUCAGGAGUUAAAAGACCAAAUUGAGACCAAAGAGCAAUACCUUGAAAAAUUAGAACGAGAAAACCGAAUUCUGCAAAGAAACUAUGCGACUGAGCAGAAUAUAGAAACUCAACGUAAUAUGAUAUUGGAAAAACAAGGUCAGAUCAGUAGGAUCAAAACCAAACAUUCUAGUCAUUUCUCGAAACUUUUCAGUGAUGCCUUUCCAGAGAAAGACUUAAAAAGAUCUGUAUUAAACAUUCAAAAUACACAAGAGGUUGAAUUGAAGAAAGUCAGUACUUCAAUCAGUAGCUUGGAUAAACAAAUAACAUCUGUGGAAACUACAUUGAAGCAUUCGAGAGAUCAACUCAAAAUACGCCAGCAAGAGUUAUCAACGAAGAAACAAAAAGUGGCAGAAUUGUGUAAAGGUCGAGACUUCAAUACCGUCCUCGCGGAAACUUACAAGAAGAAAGAGAAGCUUCAAAAAGACAAAGGACACUACACGGCCGCAGAAAUAAUGUACAAAGCCUUUAUCGAUAAAUUCGAAGAAAAGAGCUGUUGCCCAGUUUGCAAGACGGACUUCAAAGACAAUCGAACCGCCAUUCCGGAUAUAAUUCGCGAACUCAAGGGAAAGAUCGAGCAAAUUCCGUCUGGAUUGGUGAAAGUCGAAGGCGAGUUGAAGAAAGAAGAAGUCUUUUAUAAUAAGCUCCAACAGUUGAAAACCAUCAAUGAUGUCAUACAAAAUCUGACCAACGAGGAGAUUCCCGAGUUAGAGAAGAAGAUUGGUACAUUAGACGAGGAAUUUACAGAAAAGUCCAUGAGUUUAGCAGAGCUUAAGCAACAACAGGAACAACCACAACAGACAAUUGAAAUUUGCAAAACUAUUAUAACGGAUGCUACGUUAUUCGAUCAGUACAAUACCGACAUCCGCAAUGCCAAUUCUACUAUACAAGACUUAGAAGAAAGUAUUGAGCGGGUGCCUUCGAACCGAUCCAGGCUGGAAACUGAAAGCGAGAUCGACGCAGUAAAAGGCCAACUUAGCAAUGCCAAAAACGGAUAUGAAACCAACAAAAAUAUGUUAGAAUCGCAUAGGGAGAGGUACCAAGAGCUGAAUAAGAAAAUUCAAAAUGAAGUUCAAAGACAACUCGACAUUCAAAAGCUAGUCCAAGAGAAACCUCUUUUAGAAUCACAAAAUACAGAGAUUAAUGAAAAAUUGGUCGUAUUAAAAAUAGAAGUGGAGGAACUGAAAGUAAAUAUAUCUUCUCAUAAGCAAGAGCUAAAGGAAGCUAUAGAGGCUAAAAGAAAGGCCACCAUAACGAAUAAUCAAAUAAAAGAAACAGCUAGGAAGAACCUCAAUUCACAUCAGAAUAGUUUAACUGAAAUCCAGAAACUGCUUAAGCUCAUUCACGAAUACGAAAAAAAUCAAAGUAAAGAUAAAUUACAGAAAGCUGUAGAAGAAUUAGCUGAGCUUAAGGUUUCUUUGGAAACCCUCGAACAGACUAAGACUACAAAUUUGGAAUCCGUCUCCGAAAAGAAAGAAUCGAUCGCCAAAAGGGAUAGUGACUUUAGAGCACUAAAAGAUAAUGUGACGCUGAGGAAAAUACAAAAUAAACAAGCCAUAGUCGAGGCGGAAGUUGAAGAGUUGAGACAGAAAAUCGAAGGCGCUAAUUACCAACAAGUUUAUGAAGAGAAACAGAGAAAAAUGGAUGAAAUCAAUAAGAAGCAACGGGAGAAAAAUAACCUUAUCGGUCAGCAGGAAGAGGUACAGACUCAAAUCGACGAGUUAUCGGAAGAAUUGAGCAAAGCCGACAAUAGAAAUGCCCACAAACUUCAUAAAAAAGCUUAUUAUGAUUUAACGCUUAACAAGCUAGCCGUAGAAGAUUUGACAAAGUAUGUCAAUGUUUUAGAAAAAUCCGUACUGAAAUUCCAUGAAGAAAGGAUGGUGCAAAUUAAUACCACCAUUAGAAAAUUGUGGAGAACCAUAUAUCGAGGUAAUGACAUCGACUAUAUCGAAAUCAAAACGGACGAUACUCUGGCGGCUGGAAAACGUAGAUCCUACAACUAUAAGGUUGUGCAAGUAAAAAAUAGUAUAGAACUUGACAUGCGUGGAAGAUGCAGUGCUGGACAAAAGGUACUGGCAUGUUUGGUGAUUCGUAUGGCACUGGCAGAAACCUUUAGCUCUCAUUGUGGCAUUUUGGCUUUGGACGAACCCACGACAAACUUGGACAAAGCAAAUAUUUCUAGUUUGAGCGAUGCGUUAUCGGAACUAAUUACCAGCAGGGAGAACCAAACCAAUUUCCAGCUUCUUAUCAUUACCCACGAUGAGGAAUUUCUGCGCAGCAUAACGCAAGUACAGAGCCUUGACAGCUAUUGGCAGGUCAAGCGAAACCAUAAAGGCUUUUCUACUGUUGACAAAGUGAUGUUGUAGAUUUAAGAUUAAAGAUUAAUGAAUGUGAUUUACUCUUUAAGAUUAAGUAUACAUAAGUGUUAAUAAAAUCGUUCUUUUUAUAAAUAAAGGUAUCAUUUUGCUUUUUUUUUU